AUGCAGAAGCCGCUGCCAGAAAUGAGGAUGGAGGCCGGGGAGGAGGAAGUGGGGAGUGUUCCCAUUGCCUUGGAAACGCACCACGCCAGGCACCGGCCAUUUGGAGCUCCUGAGAGCUGCCCUGGGCUCCCACCCCAGGAGGCGGAUGAGACCGGAGCCUACCUCAUUGACCGUGACCCCACCUACUUCGGGCCCAUCCUGAACUUCCUCCGCCAUGGCAAGCUGGUGCUGGACAAGGACAUGGCCGAGGAGGGGGUCCUGGAGGAAGCUGAGUUCUACAACAUCGGCCCGCUGAUUCGCAUCAUCAAGGACCGGAUGGAGGAGAAGGACUACCCUGUCACACAGGUCCCGCCCAAGCACGUGUACCGCGUGCUGCAGUGCCAGGAGGAGGAGCUCACGCAGAUGGUCUCCACCAUGUCUGACGGCUGGCGCUUUGAGCAGCUGGUGAACAUCGGCUCCUCCUAUAACUACAGCGGAGAGGACCAGGCGGAGUUCCUGUGCGUGGUGUCCAAGGAGCUCCACAGCUCCCCCCACGGGCUGAGUUCCGAGUCCAGCCGCAAAACCAAGAGCGCGGAGGAGCAGCUGGAGGAGGAGCAGCAGCAGGAGGAGGAGGAGGUGGAGGUGGAACAGGUGCAGGUGGAGGCAGAUACACAGGAGAAAGCCCAGUCAUCUCAGGAUCUCGCUAACCUUUUCUCCCUCCCACCACCGCCUCCUCCUCCUCAGCUUCCCGCUGGAGGUCCUGCCUCAUCUUCAUCCACCUCUUCUUCCUCCUGGAUCUCUGCACCCUGCCUCUUCCCUCUCUGCCCCUGCCCGGGUUUCCUCUCUGCCUGCUCACGCCUCCAUCCCGGGGCCACCCUGGUCCCAGCCUCCCGCGCCCUCCACCCAGGCGCCCCAGCCUUGCAUCUCAGAGCAUCCUGCCUGCCGCCUCCUGCAUCCCUCCUGGCAGCUCCUACCUCCUGGCCUGGGGAGGAGGGGUGCAGCUGCAUCUCCUCUGGCCCUGCCAACACCACUGGGCACCUCUGAGGCGGGGCCACCCGGCCCCAGCACCUUGCCUCCUCGCCUCCUGCUCACAUUUCCUCCUUGCAGGUUCCCGUCUGCACCCCUCAGGCC